AUGGCUGGCGUGGUGCGCACCCUAAGCCGGUGUUUGCUCCCUGCCGAAGCCAGUCAUGAGAGGGGUAACAGUAAAGAGAGAACCCGGGACCGAGACGUGAACCUGGAGCGGGAAGCAAAGCGACGGAGCCGUGAAAUUGAUGCAAUGCUUGCUCGGGAGAGGAGGUCAAUUCGCCGUUUAGUGAAGAUUCUUUUGCUUGGAGCCGGAGAAAGUGGCAAGUCGACUUUUCUGAAGCAGAUGAGGAUAAUUCAUGGCAAAGAAUUUGACCAGAAAGCGUUGCUGGACUUCAGAGACACAAUUUUCGAGAAUAUUAUCAAGGGCAUGCGGGUGCUGGUAGAUGCCCGGGACAAGCUAGGUGUUGCAUGGCAGAAUUCAGAGAACGAGAAACAUGGCAUGUUUGUCAUGGCCUUUGAGAACAAGGCCGGUGUGCCCGUCGAACCCUGCACCUUUCAGCUGUAUGUACCAGCUCUGCAGGCACUUUGGCAAGACUCGGGCAUCCGAGAAGCCUAUGCUCGCAGGAGUGAGUUCCAGCUGAGUGAAUCAGUGAAGUAUUUCCUGGAUAACUUGGACCGAAUUGGGCAACUGAGCUAUGUUCCAAGCAGGCAGGACAUCCUCUUGGCAAGGAAAGCCACUAAAGGCAUUGUGGAGCACGACUUUGUCAUCAAAAAAAUCCCUUUCAAGAUGGUGGAUGUCGGUGGGCAGCGCUCUCAGAGGCAGAAAUGGUUCCAGUGCUUCGAUGGCAUCACGUCCAUCCUGUUCAUGGUCUCCUCCAGCGAGUACGAUCAGCUUCUGAUGGAGGACCGCCGCACCAACCGCCUGGUGGAGUCCAUGAACAUCUUCGAGACUAUUGUCAACAACAAGCUCUUCUCCAACGUCUCCAUCAUCCUCUUCCUCAACAAAAUGGACCUGCUGGUGGAGAAAGUGGGAAAAGUCAGCAUCCGUAAGUACUUCUCUGACUUCCGGGGCGAUCCGCAUCGGCUGGAGGACGUACAGGCUUACCUGGUUCAGUGUUUCAACCGUAAACGUCGUAACCGCAGUAAGCCUCUUUUCCACCACUUCACCACCGCCAUCGAUACGGAGAACAUCCGCUUUGUCUUCCACGCCGUUAAGGACACCAUCCUCCAGGAGAACCUGAAAGACAUUAUGUUACAGUGA